AUGGAUGAUACUAUCUUCAUUUCUCAAAGCAAGUAUGCUAAGAAUAUAGUGAAUAAAUUUGUCCAAGAAAGUUCUAGUCACAAAAGGAAACUUGUAACAACUUACUUGAAAUUAACUAAGGAUGAAAAAGGUGUUGAUAUGGACCAAAGUUUCUACAUGAGUAUGAUUGGUAGUCUUUUGUAUCUUACAACUAGCAGACCAGACAUCACUUUUAUGGUAGGAGUAUACGCUAGAUAUCAGGUUGAACCUAAAAUCAGUCACAUUACUCAAGUGAAGAGGAUCUUGAAAUACAUCAAUGGUAUUGGUGAGUUUGGCAUGUUGUAUUCUCAUAGUUCUAAUUCCAUGCUUGUAGAGUAUUAUGAUGCAGACUUGGUAGGUAAUGCUGAUGAUAGAAAAAGUACUUUUGGAGGAUGUUUCUUCUUGGGAAAUCAUCUUAUAUCUUGGUUCAACAAGAAGCAAAACCAUGUGUCAUUGUCUACUGUUGAGGCUGAGUAUUGGUGA